GGGUGGGAUGGACACUGGGAUGAGGAACAGGGAUGGGCACUGGGACCGGGAUGAAAGACUGGGACCAGGAUGAGAGACUGGGACCAGGGUGGGCAUGGGGACUGGGACGGACACUGGGAUGAGGAACUGGGACGGGCACUGGGACUGGCUCUGAGACCAGCAGAGGGACAGGGACUGGGAUGGACGAAGGGACUGGGACAGGGACUGAGAUGGGCCCAGGGACCAGGAGGGGAACCAGGGAAGGACGGGGACACGGACAGGGACAGUCAGGGGGUGGCACUGGGGUGGUGUCCAGGAUAGGUACCACGAUGGCAGAGGGGGAUGGGCACCGAGAUGGGCACUGGGGGGGUGGCACUGGGACAGGGGACACAUCCCCGUAGUGAGGAGCUGGGAUGGGCCUGGGGACAGCACCAGGAGGGGAGGUGGGGAGGGACGGGGACAGGGACAGGAUGGCUGCGGUGCCCGCAGGGGCUCUGGGCAUCAUGUUGGGGUUCUGCUACCGCCUGAGCUGCGCCGCCUUCCUGGGGCCCUACUGGUACCUGCUGCUGCUGGACAAGACCUCCUGGAACAACCACUCCUACCUCUACGGGCUCCUGGCCUUCCAGCUGGCCCUGCUGGGCGCCGACCGAUACGGGUCAGUGGACGGGCUCCUCCGUCCCCAGAAGAGGAAUGCCCACGUGCCGCUGUGGAACUACACCCUGUUGCGUGCCCAGUGGGGGGCAGUGCUGUCCCCUGGUGUCAAACUCCUCCCCGUGUGUGUGUGUGUCCCUGUUUCACCACCACCACCACCUUCCCAGGGCUACAACAACUGGACCAACGGCCUGUACGGCUACUCCUGGGACAUGAUGGUUCACUCCCGCUUCCACCAGCACGUCAAGAUCACCUACCGGGAUGGGCUCACCGGGGAGGUGGGCUACCUCAAACCGGGGGUGUUCACGCAGAGCCGGCGCUGGAAGGACCACGCGGACAUGCUGAAGCAAUACUCGACCUGCCUGAGCCAGCUCCUGCCCCGCUACAACAUCUCCCAGCCCCAGAUCUACUUCGACGUCUGGGUCUCCAUCAACGACCGCUUCCAGCAGAGGCUGGUGGACCCGCGGGUGGACCUGGUGCGGGCGCCGUGGUCCCCGUGGCGGCCGACGCCGUGGGUCCUGCCGCUGCUGCUGGAGCUCUCCCCGUGGCGGCAGCGGCUGCAGGAGCUGGAGAGCCAGCUGGACGGACACACCGACGCCGUCUUCAUCGCCGACUUCCCCGGGCUGCACCUGGAGAACUUUGUCAGCGAGGACCUGGGUAACACCAGCCUGCGGGUGCUGCGGGGAGAGGUGCUGGUGGAGCUGGUGGAGCAGCAGCAAAACCGCUCCCUGCGGGAGGGCGAGGGGAUGCAGCUGCCGGCAGGGCAGUACCACAAGGUGCACACGGUGUCGGCGGAGCCCUCCUGCUACAUGUACCUCUACGUGAACACCACGGCGCUGGCGCUGGAGAGGAACCUGACGCGGCUGCAGGAGCUGCGGGAGCGGGUGCAGAACGGCACCGGUGAGCACCGGGGCUGGAGGAGCUCUGGGACACCCCCCAAAAUACCCCCACCUCACCUCAAGCACUGGGAGGUCUCGGGGAACCCCCAACACCCCCCACUCCUGCUCACCACGGGGCUGGAAGGGCUCAAGGACAUCCCCAAAUCCCCCCAACUCACCCCAAGCACUAGGAGAUCUCAGGGACCUACCUCUCGCAGCGCCCUGAUGACCUCCAUCUCCCUCCGAAACCUGGCACUGGGCCGGCCCCCCCUCCAGCAGCUGGCCCAGGAGGUGGCCUUCGCCAACUGGCGCGGCGAGGAAGAGGAGGCUCUGCCUGAGGGGGGCGGUGGCAGCAGCGGGGCAGGGACAGAGAGGAGCCCUGAGCUCUGAGCAACCCCAAAGAAACUCACCUUUUGUUAAAAAAAAUCACAUUUUUUAACAUACAGCCCCCCACUUCAGUUUCCCCAGGCAGAGAACCCCAAGUAAAUUCACAUUUUGUUUAAAAAUUCACAUUUUUU